AUGGUCAGGGUGCGUUAUUCCCUCCAGCAUUUGGUCGAAAAGUACGACACGAGAGAAGACCCGACGGCCCUGCAAAACCUCAUCAGAGCCUUCAGAAUCAUCCAGAGGCUUCCACACGAGCACGAGGACUCAUUCUUCACCAUUGCCGGAUACCACGGCGAGCCCUUCGAAAAGCAGGACCAGGCGAGCCCCAAGUGGUGGGGAGGAUAUUGUCAGCAUGGGACGGUCCUCUUUCCCACAUGGCAUAGAGCGUAUCUCCUGCGUCUGGAAGAAGCCUUGCGGAAUGCCCUGCCAGAGGCCGAUAUUGCACUGCCGUUCUGGGACGAGUGCCGUGCCUUGGAGAGCGACGACGACCCUAUUCCCUGGGUCUUGACGGCGCCGACUUUCGACCUGGACGGGGAAAAUGUGAAUCCUCUCUACUCAUACAAACUUCAGAAAUCUAUUGGUGAGAGUCCGCGCGACGGAUCGAAGACACCACGAUAUGCGAAACCGGCCGGCUACGAAACAGUCCGUUACCCUCUCUCGGGUCUGGUCCAAGAGCAGAAAGCAGCCGAAAGACACAACUCCUCCUUCACAGACCCAGCAUCGAACGCGAGGAUCCUCAACGACAACGUCAGGGCAUGGCUGCACGGAAAAGUCGAGAUCGACACCCACGACGACACCUCGACCCUGCCGGACACCUACUCCGUAUACAGCCGGUACAAAACGUGCCUCGAGGCGCCUAACUACACGGUCUUCUCCAACAAGGAGUCCAUGGCGCAGUACAUGACCGAGUCCCAGGAGCAAGGGCUUCCGUUCUACGGCGUGGCCAUCGAGGAUCCGCACAACGCCAUCCAUCUGGCCGUCGGGGGCUUCUUCGAGAAGAACAGCUACAACGCGAACCCCAUCCGCGGUGCUAAUGGAGACAUGGGGGAGAACGAGACGGCUAGCUUCGAUCCCAUCUUCUUCCUCCACCACGCGUUUGUCGAUUACAUCUUUUGGACGUGGCAGCGCCGGAGGGGACUUACUGAGAAGGGUAGUUUGUCUGUGACGGCGGGCUAUGAUGGGACGGUGAGCGGUGGGAAUCCGGUGUUCGCGACGGGCACGAUACUGGACGUGGACAGUCCGCUCGCGCCUUUCAUGAAGCCCAACGGGGAUUUCUUCACUUCAAGAGACGUGACGAAUAUCGAGGAUCUUGGGUACACGUACGGAGAGGGCUCGUUUGAUGAGUUAUCGUCGACUAUCCCCGCCGCACCAUCUUCCCGUGUCAUCGCUGCCGUUGCGCGAGUGACGGGCGUGAGCCGGUCUGACUAUAACGGCUCCUUCGUCAUUCACACUUCUGCCAUCAUGCCUGACGGAAAUGAGGUUCGUGUUGGCCGGGAUGCGGUGUUGAGUCGUUGGGACGUGGCCCGAUGCGGAAACUGUCAAGUCCACCUGCGUGAGCAGGCAUUCAUACCCAUCACGGGGAGUCUGAUGAGACUGCUUGGCGUUCAUGAUGUGGAACAACUGAAAGAGAGGCUGAUCGUUCGCUUGCAGACGCGGAAUGGAAACGUUUCUGUAUUACCCCAAGUCGAGAUUGGCCUGCCUCUCUCACCCUCGGUGAGCCGUUAUCUGUAUCCCAGACUAUAG